CUGGCCGCAGGGAGCGCUGAGUCCGCGCAUCCCCUGCCCUGAGCCGGCCCGGCAUCGCCUGCGUCCCUGGGAUGCUCAGCUCUGAGCGCAGCGCUACAGCCGAGCCGCUCCGACCCAGCGGGGUGUAUUUCGGGAGGAAGUUCUCAUCUCUGAAGGUGCCCUUGGACAGAUGAGUGAGAAAGUAAUGAACGGGCGGGUGCCCCUGCCUGAAAAAGCCUUGUCCGAGGGCUACGCGAGGCUGCGGUACCGGGACACCUCGCUGCUCAUCUGGCAGCAGCAGCAGCAGAAGUUGGAGUCGGCCCCCCCCAACACGUAUCUGAGCCGCAGCCGCAGCAUGUGGUACUCGCAGUACGGCAAUGAGGCCAUCCUGGUGCGGGACAAGAACAAGCUGGACGUCUCCAGGGACACGGGGCAGUCCAAGUUCUGUGCUAUCAUGUAAUUUUGUGUCAGAAAUCUGCACGUGGAUGCGAAGCAGGUUUGCACAACCACAGGGCUGCGGCCAAAGCAGCUUAAGGAUGGGUCUGAGCGGCAGCCGGAGGUUUCUGUUGAUUUGUGCUGUCGGUGGCAUCCCAUGUUGGGUUGGAAAAUUGCUUGGGAUGUGAGAGCUGGCACUGCCCACGUGGAUGGAGCGCGUUGAGAACUCAGCCUUCAAAACACUUAGCAGGAAAGGUGCGCUGCAGUUUCCCAGCAAAGUGUCCUGUCUGGUGCCAGUUUGGUGCUACAGAAACAAAUGACAGGUGGCACUUUUGGAGCCGAUGCAGCAGAGCCCCUCUGUAGGAAGAAAGCAGCAUGCAGCUCCUGGAGGGUGCUGGCUGGGUGCUGCCUGCAGGAAGAGGUGGGCUGCAGAAGGAAGCAGCCUGCUGAAGGUUGCUCAGCAUUUCAGUUUUGUUGCAUGUAGUCGCUUGGAUGGAUUUAUGUGCUAAUCCUGGUUGGAUGACAUCUCUCGCUGUAGUAGAUUUGGUGUGUACGUACUGUGUUUGGCAGUGUUUGAUUCAGCCAAUGGAAGGUAAGGUCAGGCUGAGAACCACAGAAUCACUGAAUGCCCAGGGUUGGAAGGGAUCUCAAGGAUCACGAAUCUCCAACCCCCUGCCACAC